GAAAUUAUGUCCAAACCUUCAAUAGUAGAGGCUCACCCAACUUGUGCUAUUUUUGAACAAGUCUGCUUUUUCUGUUUUUCUUUGUAUGUUUCUUUUUUUUUUUUGGGAAUUCUGGUAAAGAUUUUUGCAGUUUUGCUACAAAGAAAAUAUACCAAGUUUUGUGCCAUUUUCAAAGGGGAUUAAUAUUUCUUGCCGGGCCUAGUGCCUAUUGGCAGGGCAAAUUUUGAAUCAGCUUAGUCCCCUAGCCCCUUCUCUCCUCCUUUGUCCAAAAAGGACCGAUUGUCUCGGUUCUCAACCAAAGAAACCAUAGCAAAAUGUUCAAGAAAGUGCAUGGUUUUAUCCAUUAAUUCAUUGUUACCUGUAGAACCUUCAGCACUGAUUUGUGUAGCAGAAGGAGAGAUUAUGGAGAAGAAAGGGGUAAUAUUGAUGAACAGGUUUGAGCUUGGGCGGUUACUCGGGCAAGGGACAUUCGCCAAGGUUUACCAUGCCAGAAACCUGACAACAGGUCAAAGCUGCGCCAUUAAGAUUAUCGAUAAAGAGAAGAUAAUGAAAGGGGGUUUAAUAGAUCAAAUCAAGCGUGAAAUCUCAGUUAUGCGCCUUGUCAGGCAUCCCAAUGUUGUUCGGCUCUACGAGGUCAUGGCUAGCAAGGCCAAAAUAUAUUUUGUCAUGGAAUAUGUUAGAGGUGGUGAGCUUUUCAACAAGGUUGCCAAAGGGAAGCUCAAGGAAGAUGCCGCCCGACACUAUUUCCAGCAAUUGAUUGCAGCUGUUGAUUAUUGCCAUAGCAGGGGGGUUUAUCAUCGGGAUUUGAAGCCAGAGAAUCUCCUCCUAGAUGAAAAUGGGAAUCUGAAGGUUUCGGAUUUCGGCUUGAGUGCUUUGAAAGAAUCAAGGAGACAAGAUGGUCUUCUUCACACGACUUGUGGAACACCAGCCUAUGUUGCACCAGAAGUCAUCAACAAGAAAGGCUACGAUGGAGCCAAGGCUGAUAUUUGGUCAUGUGGGGUCAUUCUUUACGUUCUGUUGGCAGGCUUUCUUCCUUUUCAUGAUCAGAAUCUCAUGGAAAUGUAUAGAAAGAUAUGCAGAGGAGAAUUCAGAUGCCCACAAUGGAUUCCACCAGAAGUUCGGAAGCUUCUUUCAAGGAUUCUUGACCCCAAUCCAAGCCAAAGAAUCACGGUGGCUAAGCUCAUGGAGAACAGUUGGUUUAAGAAGGGGUAUAAACAUAUCGAUAGCCCACCACCAUCCCCUCACGCUCGUCGCAUCGACUUGUUAAUUAGCGAUGUUCAUGCUGCCUUUGACUCGUCAGGUCGUGAAAACAGUUCUCAGAACGAAGCAGCAGUGCCAACAAGCCCUGUCAGGCCGAGUUUUUUCAAUGCUUUUGAUAUUAUCUCUCUUUCACAAGGUUUUGAUUUAUCAGGUUUGUUUGAGAAAGAUUUGGAUCAAAGAAAUUAUUCACGAUUUACGACCAGAAAACCAGCCACAGAUAUCGUUUCUAAAUUUCAACAAAUAGCUCAGACCGAGAGUUUUAGCAUCAAGAAUAAGGACGGAAAGGUAAAAUUGCAGGGCAGCAAGGAAGGGAGAAAAGGACUGCUUGCUAUAGAUGCUGAGAUUUUUGAAGUUACGCCUUCUUUUUAUGUGGUAGAAUUGAACAAAACCGCCGGGGAUACCUUAGAAUAUAAGAAGUUCUGUAACCAAGAAUUGAAGCCUUCGCUGAAGGAUAUAGUGUGGACUUGGCAAGGAAAUGAGCAGCAACAAUCAUAACCAGAACCUGCUUUGAGUUUUCUUUUCCUGUAUAGAAGGGGUUUCUACAAUUUUUUCUUUUUUGGUUCAAAUAUAUAUGGAAUUGCUGCCAAAUAGAGCUUCAUGCC